AUGGACAGUGGCCUUCGUCUUACUAUACCUGCCGAAUUCAUAGGCAUCAUACGCGAAGCCUUCGUUCUCUACGCCCUGGUCUAUGGAGGGUUCGACCCUGACGCUCAGCGCCUGGUCGACUCGAUGACGAAUCCUGAAAAUGUUAUCUCUGUUAGUCCCAGGACGUUAGUCAACAGGCACCCUGUUGGCCGUGUGGCCUUCCAGGAUGCUCCUCCACUUAUGCUGCCUGUUGUUCCAGAAGCCACACUCGCUGUUCCGCCCGAGGGAGACAGCGAGGGCGAGAUUCGUUCUGACAUUGCACCUGCAAAGUUGGCACCCCGCUUCGAGCUCGGGCAAUUGCCAGUGGACAGGCUGCAAGCGGAAGAAGUCGGUGAAGAACCUGGUCCGUCACAUAGCGACGACUCACAUUGGGUCGACGGUAGUCUGCUGCAGCUACGAGGGACAUAUGAGGCACGUCCAUCGCGCUACGUCGUGAACGUCGGGCGGUAUGGAUGGCGAACACAAAACGUCUGGGAAGCAGUGCCAACUUAG